AUGGAGAAGGUCAGUAUACCUUGCGUUCAUAUCAGACCGUGGCCUUUUGAUAUUCUAUUGCUUACAAGUAUACCGCCAGAUUGGAACUCGAAUGAUGCAUUUUUCACUUUCACCCGUGGCCGCUUUGUGGUGGAUGAGACCGAGAAUCUUCGCAAACGAGAGAUCAGGUUCGACUUAAACCAGCUAGCACAGGUUGCCGCAGAUGCGGUUGGCGCUUCUUACUGCGUUUCUGUCAAGAAAUACCCAGAUGGCAUGUUCAACAAGGCCUUUGUCUUGACUAUGGACAAUGGUCGAGAAGUGGUAGCUAAAGUACCUAAUCCAAAUGCUGGUAUUCCGCAUUUUACAACGGCAAGCGAAGUUGCCACGAUGGACUUUGCAAGGAAAAUACUUGAUACACCAGCGCCUGUUGUCCAUGCAUGGAACUCGCAAGCUAAAUCUCACCCGGUUGGAGCCGAGUUUAUUAUAAUGGAUAAGAUGAAGGGUGUUCCUUUGUCUCAAGUCUGGGCUAAAAUGCAACUACCUCAGAAACUCCAGGUGUUACUGGCAGUAACACGCAUGCAGAAGCGAUGGCUGAGCGUGUCAUUCUCCCAUUAUGGGAGUUUGUACUACGCAAGCGAUCUCCAGACACCGGCUGGUAGCCAUUAUAUUAAGGAUGGAAAGGCCGUUAUGGACUCGGAAUUUGCUCUUGGGCCAGCUACAGGGCGAGAGUGGGUUGAUGCGGGCCGAGCAAGUCUGGAUAUCGAUCGAGGUCCAUGGACUUCAUUGACACAGUAUUUACGGGCAGUUGCGGAUCGAGAACGAACAGCUAUUAGGUUAUUAAAACCUCCAAAGCAGAUUGCCUUAUUUUGUGGUCCAAGGCUCUACCAACCAAAUCCGGAAACAAAGCUCACUGCCUUGUCGCACUACCAGCAAAUCAUCGACGCUCUUGCGCCGAGUGAUGGUACUAUCAAGUCACCGUACCUCUGGCAUGAUGAUUUGCAUGACGACAAUAUUUUUGUUGACCCUUCCAACCCGGAAGAAAUCACAGGAAUUAUCGAUUGGCAGUCGUGCCAUAUCUCACCUCUCUAUAACCAUAAUCCUGACCCAGCCUUUCUCAGCUGGGAUGGCCUUGAACCGGAGACACUCGAUUUACUUCCACGGCCAAAACUCUCCGGGCUUUCUCCUGAAGAACGUGCCGCGGCUCUGCACGAAUAUUCCUACCAUAACAUAUUCAUUGGGUGGAGGAAACUCAUGCAAGCCAAAAAUCCGGAACUUUACGCAGCGGUUGAGUUUCGAAAGACAGCACCAUACGGAUUAAUAUUCCUUGCCCAUAGGAUGUUUGAAUAUGGCGAGGCGCACUUCGAGUCACUUCUAGCUGAUCUAAAGGAUACUUGGCCCGACUUGCCUGCCGUACCUGGCAACAAGCCGUUCCCAUUUGACUUCUCUAAAGAAGAGUACGAGCGAAUCAAGACCAGUUCUGACAACGCAGUGGCAGCUACCGACCUUGUCACGGAGGUGAAGGAGCAGCUUGGGGAUUUAUGGCCAGAUAAAGGAUUUAUUGAGCAUGAUCGGUUUGAUGAGUGCAAAUCUGCUCUUGAAGACGUCAGGCUCCAAAUCUUGGAACAGCUGGCCCAAAGCGAAGAAGAAAGAGCUGAGUUUGAUCGUCAUUGGCCGUUUAAAUGA